AUGGAGAAGGGAAAAGAAACGACGCAUUGUGACGAAGGGACGGCAGAAACGGGCAAGGCGAAGAGACGCCGAGAAAGAGCCAUAGAGUAUGUAAUGGCCGGAGAACCAGACACGACCGAGAGGUUGGAACUGCACAUGCCACCCCCGUCGGCUGCCGCGCCGCCGAUCGACGACGAAUUCACUUGUGCGCGAGAAAAUGGACAGAGAAACGCAGACAUCCCGGCGACCAGGCUACUGUCGGCCAACAAAGACGCCUAG